AUGCCCGCCCUCGCGCGCGCCGUCCUCCCUAACCUCGCGCACGCGCGACGCGCGCGACGCUCGCGCACCGCGCAGCGCUCGAGCUCCGAACGGCGCGCGGACGACGCGAUAAUCGCCUCCAAACCCGUCGUCGUGAGCAGCAAUCCAGCAAACAACGCGUCGAAAGCGCUGCUGCAGGAGGUCCGGCGCGCGCUCAUUCCCACCGGUGCCGACGCGGCGAAGGUGCUGAAGGCGACGCAGAGGUUUCAAGAAGCGUUCGAGGCGGGCGAAGACUUCGAGACGACGGUCGCGAAGGCGCUGGGGUACUCGAGCUUGGCCGAAGCGCCCGAGGCGCAGCGAAAGUACGCGGAGAAAAUCGCGGAGAAGUUGGAGUCAAACGCGAGAACGCUGCGAGGCGAGAUCGAGAGCGCGACGAAAAUGUAUGAUUCUGGGGUGUAUGCGUACGGUCGUGGUAUGUACGACGACGCGGUGAAGUGGUUUAAGGCGGCCGAAGACGAGACUAGCGAGACGAGUCUACUCGGCGGACGGAUUCAGAUUUACAAGGCGCUCGCGCUGGAUGCGUACGGCCAAGGGGAUAAGGCGUUGGAGAUUUACAAGUACCUGGAGAGCGUACAUCCGGAGAAGUCUAUUCGGAAGCAGGCGGAGGAGUUGCGGUUCAUUCUUGAAGCGCCGAAAAUGGAGAUUGCGGCGAACGAACGCGUGGAGGUGCCGUUGCUGCGCGAUCCAGAUUCGUUCGCUCCGUACAGCGAUAAAUGGUCGACCGGUGCCAAGGCGAGCGCAUCCGGUGGGCGAAAGAAGCGAGAAAAAACGUUGGAAGAGCAGUACGGUCAAGAGGCGCGCGAAAAGUUCGACUACGAAAAACUGAGGCUGGGCUUACAAAUCUGCGGCGGCGUCGCCAUAGCGUGCGGUGUUGCGUGGUACUCGACGACGCUGCGCUGA